AUUUUCCACCCCAUUUAAAAGUGGGGAAAAACCAAUAUUGCCCCUCCGUGUUUUAGUCCGAAACUUCAACCUUCGGAUCAGUACGAAACUUCAUCCUUCGGAUUAGUAUGAAACUUCAACUUCCGGACACCUCUGACAGAUUCUACCACCUUUUUCAGCACCAUUACUCCAUAGCUUCACCUACCUCACCACCAUUAUGGCCUGCAUAAACUCCUCAACCACCCCCCAUUUAUGGCUGAACACACUGUUUGGAUUGGUCCUCGUGUUAUUACCAACUUUGAUUUAACAUACAUAACAGAAGAUUGAUAAUAUGAUUCAUGUUUGUAAUGUUGUAACCAUGUCUGUAACCAUAUUAUUAGCAAGAAUAUUUUCCUUCAGUAUUGUAACGAGGUCUGUUUGUCCCAUAUUAUUGUCACUGCAUUUUCACGUUUCUGUCUUUGUGACAGUAUCUGGUUUGAAAGAUCCGAAUCUUGAAGUUUCAUAUUAAUCCGGUUUUUCAACUCUCGGACGUCUAAAAAAGGGGGGUGGUAAAUUUAAUUAUGAAGCAGUCCGAAACUUAUAGUCCUGGAUUGAUCCGAAACUUAAAGUCCUGGAUUGAUCCGAAACUUAAAGUCCUGGAUAGAUUCGAAACUUAAAGUCCUGGAUAACUCUUACCAAGCAGCAGAAUGCAGUAAGUUAAGACCAAACCAAAAGGCAUAUUCAUCAAUUACAAUCUCAACCACCACCACAAUUACAAACCAAACAUUUCAACCCAACAAUUCGUUAGGCAAGUCCUCCAAGACGGCCACGACACCGAUCAUGUUAUUUUAACUGUAACUAAAGAAUCCGAACUUUUAACUCUCGGACUAGUCCAGAACAUCAACCUCUGGACUGGUAUGGAGGUUUAAGUCCCGGAGGGUAGUCCCGACAUUUUUUUAAAAAGGCUAGGGUGGCAAUUCUAAAACAGGGGGUGGGAAAUCUAAUUCCCCAGCAACCAGGUCCCCACUUCUUUGUAACACCUCCAGCUACAUUGGAUUCACAAAUCCUCCUCUCUGCAACUCUCUCUCUUGCCCUUGUCAUGUCCAUGGCAAUUUCAACCCACCCUCUUUCUUCUCUGACCUCACUCCCUCUUCUCCUCCACUCGCUUUCUUCCUCUUCGGUGCUCUCACAGAACCAUCCUCAGCCCAAUCUCGAAUCUUCCAGGAUCAACAACAUCAAGUUUACUCCGAUUUUGCUGUGAAGUUUCAAUCUUUUUGUUGGAAACUUUGUUUUCCCUCUCUCAAUUAGGAUACCCACUUCGCCUUUUGGCUGAUUUUCACAUCUGGAGCUACCAAAAACCCAAUAGUUUUGUACCUGUUGGGGUUUUCAGCAUCUGGAUCACUUUUCCUGAAGGGUUUGUUUCUGAUCUGUUUGUAGAUAAAACAUUGAUUAGAGUUUUCUGUGGCUCUGGUCAACUUUGGAGGAUUUUCGAUUUCAGCUGAGGAUCAUGUCCCUUCUGAGGCUUGUGAGAUUGAAAUUAGAUGCUGUUUUUCUCUGAUUGUUUUAGAGGAUUUUUCUUCUUAUUGUUAGAUAUAUCUGGUUAGUUAGAGUUUCUAUUUGGAUCCAGAAUCCAGAUGAACAAGUACUGUGUUUCUGAGGAAUCUGGUUAGUUUUGUGGAGUUAACAUAUUUGUGUUUUUCCUGGUAGCUCUUUUUAGGAGUGAGGAAACUGAGGUUGUUCAGAGGGAUAUUUGUUUGUUAUGAUGAUAGUAUGCUAGAAGAUUCUUACCUAAUGACUGUGGAUUUGACCAUUUGCCAUUCUUGAAAUCAACUUCAUCUGGUGUUCUGUUAACUCUUGUUGGUAUUCUCCUCAAGAUGACUGUAAACGAUCGCUGUUUCGUGGAAUGGAAAGAGCAGUUCGUUUCGCAGGAGCGUGGCAAUCGUGUGGUUCACUAUUACCUGAAGGAUUCUGGUGGGGAAUCCGUCCUUGCAGUUGUGGGCACUGAGAGGAGUGUUAGACACAUGUGCUAUGUUGCUGCUGAGGAGUUCCUUGAAAUUUGUGGGAAGGAGGGUUGCGUUCCAGCUGGUUUCAAAUGGAGAUCUAGAAGAGAGGUGGUGGAUUGGCUGACAUCAAUGCUAUCAAAGCAGCUUGUGCAGGGAGAAAGAAGUGGAUCGCCUGGUCAUAAUUUGGCUCUACCUCAUGAAACCUCAAAUGGCUGUGAAAAUGAUGGUACUGCUCUGUCUGCUCAAAUAGCAGAUCACAAGGACAUUCUAUUGAGUAACUGCAAAUUGUCCACUUCAGACAUUGUUUGGUCAGGAGUUGCGUGGACAUGUGGAAAACAACUGAAGCAUUAUCCUGCCUUUUGCAGGAAUGGCAUCAAAAUAGCGAUUCAAUCCUUUGUUUUUGUAAUGGGAAAGGAAGAGAAACAUUUUGUGGCUUAUUUAGAGGAUAUGUAUGAAGACAGGAGGGGGCAGAAAAAGGUUAAAGUCAGGUGGUUUCACCACAAUCAGGAAGUCAAGGGUGCAAUUCCUGUCCGGAAUCCUCACCCUCGGGAAGUUUUUAUCACGUCUUAUUCUCAAGUCAUCAGUGCAGAGUGUGUUGAUGGUCUUGCCACAGUCUUAACUCGUGAACACUAUGAAAGAUGCAUGCCCUAUUUUUCUCCCACUUCAACAGACAGAAUACAUUUGUGCUUUAGACAAUUUAAAGGCAACAAAGUUAAGCCCUUUGACCUGAGUAAACUGCGUGGCUAUUAUGCUCAAUCAGUUCUUUCUUGCUUGCACCUUGAUUCUAACCAGAAGCCAGAGAAGAGCAACAACCUUGCAAGAGAAGAUGAGGAUUUGGGCGUAGGUGAUGAUGCAAAGUUGGGAGCCAAGAGGAGCAGAAGUGAUAGGGGGUCUCCUCAGUCUCGGAUUGGUCGGCGGGGAGUUAGGAAGUUAAUUAGAAGUGAGCAAAUGAUGGUACACGAGAUGUUCCAGGUUGUAAAUUAUGGUAGCCCAGAUCAGAGAUUGCUUUCUCUGAAACAGAUUGAAUUCCAACCUUGGAAUAACCCCACAUACAAGGUUGAUGACAAGAUAGAGUUGCUCUGUCAGGAUAGUGGCAUCAGAGGUUGCUGGUUCAGGUGCACAGUUGUGCAGGUAGCCCGGAAACAGUUGAAAGUUCAAUAUGAUGAUGUUCAGGAUGAAGAUGGAAGUGAAAAUCUUCAGGAGUGGAUCCCUGCUUUCAAGUUGGCCAAGCCUGAUAAACUUGGGAUGAGACAUUCUGACCGGCCCACCAUCAGGCCAGCUCCAACUCAUGAGGAACAAGAACUGGCUGUCGAGGUCGGAGCUGCAGUUGAUGCAUGGUGGAGUGAUGGCUGGUGGGAGGGGGUUGUAAUUAGAAUUGACGACUCUAGUGGUGAUAGUGUUCAAGUCUACUUUUCAGGUGAAUGCUUGCUUAUGAAAAUGCACAAGAAGGACUUGCGAAUAUCUAGAGAUUGGUUAGGAGACAAGUGGAUUGAUAUUAAGGCAAAGCCUGAUAUAACCUCAACUAUAUUUACAGCUGAUAGUUUUAACUCAAAGCAUCCCUUGUCACAGUCUAUGGUUAAGGAUGGGGACUCUGUUGGUGUCGCUAAUUCAUGUCAAGACGUUCUUUCUAGUAAGAAGUCUAACGAACCUGAUAUUGCUGAAGAGAAACUUGUGUGUUGUGAUGGCUUUGCUGAAGAUGGGGAUUGUGUCGGUGAUAAUAAUAGAGAAAAAAAUGCACAAGUUGAUAAUGUUGAGACGCGUAGCAGUUGUGAUAAUGAAGAUAAUGGUGAUGAUAAUGGCAAGGGUGUCAAUGAUGAUGGUCGUAGUAAUGAGAACAUUAGUGAUGAUAAUAAGGAUAUGGAGGUGAGUGGUACUUCUGAACCAACUGUAGAACAUCAUGCAUAAACAUAUGAUAUGAUGGUGCUGGUUGUAGAGUUUUGCCAUCAUCUCUUUGCUUUGUUGUGAUCUUUGUCUGAUGUUUAGUGUGAUAGAAUGUAAAUAGUAGUUACACAGGAAUGUUGGGAAGCUGAUUGAUUUUUUAACUUUAGUCUCCUUCAUAGAUGUACAGUGUUAAGUGUAAUGUCCAAGGUUGUGUUAUCAUCCUUUCCAUUGGUUGUAUUAGGAAGAUUUCUUUAUAUUACUAUUGAGUAAUAUUGAGUAAUUCCACUCGUUA